AUGUAUCACAACGCCAGGUUACUCAAGGGCGAUCAAGACGUGCGACGGUGGCAGAAGAAGUCGAUGUCCGCUCCCCAGGCAGCCCUUGUACUCGGCCGAUUUUCGUAUCCGAGCCCAGACCCCCCCUUCCGGGUCAAAACGGGCAUCCACCUCAUCUUCCAAGCGUAUGACCGCGAACUCGUCUACACGCCGCUCUCCAGGAAGGGCGAUAUCGACUAUCCGCUCAGCGCCGAGACCCAGGCGACACACUGCAUGAAGAAUUAA